AUGUUGAAAUGUCCUUGUCUUAACUGUAGAUUGGUUAUGUCACAAACUCGUAAAAAUAUGCUAUGUCACUUGCUAGUAUAUGGCAUUGAUCGUAGUUACAACCCAUGGUUGAGUCACGGAGAAAGUGUAGAGCAAAUUGAUAAAAAUAAAGAUCAAGGGUAUGUAGCAGAGGUUUCAGAUAAUGAGAGUGAGGAUCGUCCUUUUGAUGACAUGGCUCCAUUUGUUUUCGAUGCAACAAGCGCGUGGAAUUCUAUAAACUCUACAUCGAUCAAUGAAAAUGAAAGAACCACAUAUAUAGGAUCAAGUAGUGGCACUAGUGAAACUCCUAUGUUGCUCCAAAAAUUAGUGGAGGAUAUGGAGGCUGACUUGUAUCCAGGAUGUAAAACAUUUAAGAGAUUGGAGUUUAUUAUGUCAUUGUUGCACAUUAAAGUUAGCAACAAGUGGAGUGAUAAGUCUUUUUCAAUGUUAUUGAAUGCAUUGCAUAGGGCGUUUAAUUAUGAUAACAAUUUGCCUUCAAUCUCUUAUGACGCAAAAAAAUAUACUAAAGCGCUAGGGUUAGAUUAUGUUAAGAUUGAUGCAUGCGUCAGCCAUUGUGUUUUAUUUAGAAAGGAGUUUGCAAAUGAAGUUAAAUGUCCUAAGUGUUCAGCACCUCGAUGGAAGCAGGAUAUUUCUCAAGAUGAUGAGAAUUCAGACGAUGAAGAUGAGGGUGUCCAUAGAAAAACACGAGUACCUCAAUUAGUCUUGCGCCAUUUUCCACUUAUUCCAAGGCUCCAAAGGAUGUUCAUGUGCUCCAAGCUCGCAAUGCACAUGCGAUGGCAUAAUAAAGGACAUGCUGGUGAUGAUGACGACAAUAUUAUGAGACACCCAAGAGAUUCAAAAUCGUGGAAGUCUUUAGAUGAGCUAUAUCCCGAAUUUGCUGCAGAUGCACGUAAUGUACGCUUGGCUUUAGCUAGUGAUGGGUUCAAUCCCGGGGCGAACAUGAGUAGUAGAUAUAGCAUAUGGCCUGUUAUGUUAGUACCUUAUAAUUUACCUCCUUGGAUGUGCAUGAAAAGUGACAACAUGAUGUUGUCAUUAUUAAUUCCCGGCCCUAAAUCUCCUGGUAAUGACAUAGAUGUUUUUUUGCAACCUUUGAUAGAUGAGUUGAAGGAAUUAUGGGAGAGUGGGGUACAAACCUUUGAUGCCCAUAGUAAGGAGACAUUUAAUAUGCGAGCAGUGUUAAUGUGGACAAUUAGUGAUUUCCUAGUAUAUGCCAAUUUGUCUGGCUGGAGCACUAAAGGGGCGAAGGCUUGCCCUAAUUGCCACAAAGACACAAAUUCCGAAUGGUUGAAACAUGGCCACAAAUGGUGUUAUAUGUGUCAUCGUGUUUUUUUAGAACCAGAUCAUAAGUGGAGACUUAAUAAGAGGUUCUUUAGUAAGAAAGUUGAAAGGCGCGCACCACCUAAUCCAUUAUCAGGGAAUGAUGCUUUGGAGCAGCUACAUGGAUACCCUAAUGUGGAAUUUGGUAAAGAUAAUAAAGGGAAACGAAAAAGAGGGGAAAGAUAUAUUGUUCACCAGUGGAAAAAGAUUAGCGUUUUUUUUCAAUUGCCUUAUUGGAGACAUCUGUUAGUUCGACACAACUUGGAUGUGAUGCAUGUGGAAAAAAACGUUUGUGAAAAUAUAUUAGGCACAUUGCUUGACUUACCUGGAAAGAACAAAGACUCUGUAAAUGCUCGGUUGGAUUUAGAAGUCAUGAAAAUGCACGAUGAUCUUCGACCGAAGAAAGUAAGGGACAAGUAUCAAAUACCGCGAGCCCCAUUCAACUUGACCUUACAUGAAAGGAGGAAAAUUGUCACAUUUUUAUCGAAAUUAGCGUUCCCCGAUGGUUAUUCAUCUAACAUUUCUCGAUGUGCUUCUUUGCAAGAUGGAAAAAUCAUAGGAAUGAAAACUCAUGAUUUUCAUGUUUUCAUGCAAGAUUUGCUUACCCCGACCUUUCAAGGUGUCUUAGAUGAAAAAGUUUUAGAACCUUUAAGAGAGCUUAGUUUGUUUUUUAAGCAGCUUUGCGCUAAGACCUUAAAAGUAGCCGACUUGGAACGAAUGGAAGCAAAUAUAGCAAUCACAUUAUGUAAGCUAGAACGUAUCUUUGUUCCGGCUUUCUUUGAUGUGAUGAUUCAUCUUCCCAUACACUUAGCUACAGAAGCAAAAUUGGCUGGACCUGUGCAUUAUCGCUGGAUGUAUCAAUUUGAAAGGUAA